GUCGAGAAAUUACAUUAGCUGCCUCACAGCCUCACAGCAUCCACCCCGACUCUCCUCGUCAUUGUCAAAGAGUUGGUGUUUGUUCGCUGCUUUCUUUCUUCGUGUGUUUCACUCGUCAAGGAGGGGUUUCGAUAGAUACACAUUCGGCAAGUCUGACAGCUAAGCGAAGAUGGGUGGGUCCUCGAGCAAGAACAAGACGGGGCCGCUUUACGUCCCCGAUCCGCACCGGCCCUCUCACCUCUUUGUGCUGCGCUCCCCUGAAGUGCUCUUGGCGACCGUGGCGAUGGCCGCGAGCUUCUUCCUUCUCCUGACCGGCACCCACAAUGACAAGCUCAACGGGUACAACGGGUUGUGGGAGACGUUUAACCGCAAGAGCCGGGUGCGGAUGCAGAGUCGCGAGGCAGAGGCGCUGCCCGAUCCCCCAACGCCGAUCAGCGCGGACAUGGCGCUCGUGGUGGUGUGCACGCUGGCGUGCAACGCCUUCCUCAACGCGUGCGCGCGCGUCCUCGUGAACGAGCAGUUACGACUUGAGAAGGAGGAGGAAACCGCCUUUUUGAAAGCGACAGAGAAUCCCGAGACGCGUGCGGAGGCGUUAGCGAAGAAGGCAAACGCCUUGGCAGAGCGCAUUAAAAUAUGGGAAGAGAACGAUCAGCGCCGUGCCGCCGGUCGCACGUUGAAGCGCGAACGAAUCGUGCAAGUCGAUGUCAUGGCGGAUGAUGCGUUGACCAGCAUUAUUGUCGUCGCCUCCGUCAUUUUGACCGGCCUUACCGGGUGGUUCAUUCAAAUGCAGCCGCCAAAUGCGAUCCGCGGCUGCGGCGCUGGCGCCAUGCUGGCGGUGCUGGUGGGCGGCAUGGUGGUGUGCGGCGCCGACCGCAACCUGACUGGGCUGCGCCACUACUGCAACUACGUGAAUCUUAUCUGUGUGGCGUGCUUCAUGGUACUCUUUGCGCGGGCGACGUUGCUGGCGAACUAA